GAUACUAGACCUUCAGGUAACAUGUUGACUGUCCAUAAAAUGCAUUUUAGCAUCUUCCUCCUGCUGUGGGGAUGGAUUUUAUCCACUGAAUGCAGAACCCACCGACAAGGAAAAGAAAUACAUGAGGUAUACAAAAAAGGCAGCCGGCCGCAGCGGCAGCGACGGGAAGCCCACGGCGAGGCGCACAAGCAGGGCAGCCCAAUCUUAAAACGAAGCCCUGACAUCACCAAAUCUCCCCUGACGAAGUCAGAGCAGCUGCUGCGAAUAGAUGACCAUGACUUCAGCAUGAGACCAGGUUUUGGAGGCCCUGCAAUUCCUGUUGGGGUGGAUGUCCAAGUUGAAAGUCUGGACAGCAUUUCUGAAGUGGACAUGGACUUCACCAUGACUCUUUACCUGAGGCACUACUGGAAAGACGAGAGGCUGUCCUUCCCCAGCACCAACAACCAGAGCAUGACCUUUGAUGGCAGACUGGUGAAGAAGAUCUGGGUCCCCGACAUGUUCUUCGUGCACUCCAAGCGUUCCUUCAUCCAUGACACCACCACAGACAAUGUCAUGCUGCGGGUCCAGCCAGAUGGGAAGGUACUUUAUAGCCUCAGAGUUACAGUAACAGCAAUGUGCAACAUGGAUUUUAGUCGCUUUCCCCUGGACACGCAGACAUGUUCCCUGGAGAUUGAAAGCUAUGCCUACACUGAAGAUGACCUUAUGCUCUACUGGAAGAAUGGGAAUGAUUCCCUAAAAACAGAUGAGAGGAUAUCACUGUCCCAGUUCCUGAUUCAGGAGUUUCACACCACCACAAAGCUUGCCUUUUACAGCAGCACAGGGUGGUACAAUCGCCUCUAUAUAAACUUCACGUUACGCCGACACAUCUUCUUCUUCCUGCUCCAGACCUACUUCCCUGCCACUCUCAUGGUCAUGUUGUCCUGGGUGUCCUUCUGGAUCGACCGCCGAGCGGUUCCUGCCAGAGUCCCGUUAGGCAUAACCACCGUGCUGACCAUGUCCACGAUCAUCACUGGGGUGAAUGCCUCCAUGCCUCGUGUUUCCUACAUCAAAGCCGUGGACAUUUACCUGUGGGUCAGUUUUGUGUUUGUCUUCCUCUCGGUGCUGGAGUACGCGGCUGUGAAUUACCUGACAACGGUGCAAGAGCGGAAGGAGAGGAAACUGCGGGACAAGCCUGCCUGUGCCUGCAGCCUGCCGCAGCCCCGGGCCAUGAUGGUGGACGGCAGCUACAACGACGGGGACGUGAACGAGCUGGGGCACUUCAUGUCCGAGGACGGGGACAAGCAGGAGCGGAUGAUGGUGCAGCUGGCGCUGGGCUCGGAGAGGGGCUCGGCCAGGAGGAAAAACCAGAGAUACGUCAGCAUGCGCAUCGACACCCAUGCCAUCGACAAGUACUCCAGGAUCAUAUUCCCUGGGGCAUACAUUCUCUUUAAUUUGAUAUACUGGUCCAUUUUUUCAUAAAGAUUCGUAACUUUAGUCACAGAACAUUGUGACAUGAAAUGAAAGUACAAUCUCAUAGGCUAAGAGAAAGAAAAUAGGGAAUAGUUUUAUUUGGAAGGAAGAUUGAAUUUUUCCAAAUUUUUUUUUUAUUAGAGGUAAUUCACAUGUGGCAUAAAUAAUUGUGGAAGUUUCACAUGUCAGCAAAAUAUAGGAUACACAAUCUCAAAUUUUGUACUUAUUUAAAGAUGUGCUAUGUUCCUUCUUGUGCCUCACAGGCCACUGUAAACUAAUUUAACAAGUGACUAUAAUUGCCAGUUGCUUAUAUAUGGUGCAUCCUCCAUUUUGUGCCCCUGAAAUCCUAAUUCUCUGAGUACCUGAGUGCAUGCAUCUCUCAGCUCAGCACACUGACUACAUUCAAUACCAAUAAAUACAAGAAUAUGCAAAUACUUGCAUGUUUGCAGGAUGAGGUAAUUACAAACACAAAAUAUCCAGUACUGGGAAACACUUUGGCAAGGUUAUUAUUGAUGGCUACAACUUUCACAGCUUAAUGCAUGACUCAAUAGCAGUACUGCACUGACAGGUCCACAUAGCAAUACUUUCAGACUUGUGCUUUGUCUUAAUAGUAUUUAAAACAUGGAAAUAUUUCCAAACUGUCUUGACUAAGAGUUUUAAAAUACGAAUUGCAAUGUACAUUUAACAAGGAAUGAACAAAAGCCAGACUUCCUGUAAUACUUAACCAAAUCCUCUGGGAAACACAGGAGCUCUCCUUGGAUCUGCUUAUUUGGGUCACUGGUAGCUUUGCUCUUGAGAUUCCUGGGAAUGGGUUUCUCUGCAAAAUGAUCCAGUGAAGACAAUGUUAUCUAUGAAAAAACCCCAAACUACUUCAGGAGAAACCUCUUUCCUCUGAUAUAGUCUGGGUAUUGCCAGCCUGUAUAAGCCUGAAAACCUGUUGCAGCCUGCAAUGCCAGCAGUAGUUGUAAUUCACUUUCAGGAAAAUCCAGGUUCACCUGUUUGUAGUAAAAGCAUAACAGAAAGGUGCUCAACAGCUGACAAAGCAGUAGUAAGGACUUUACAAGAGAUACCAUGCCAAAACGUUUGGAAUAAAGUAAAAAAACAGCUUCCACCAUAAGACAGCAGCUCCACUGCAGACACAGGUACAAAUGACAGAAUCUGCUUUCAUGCUGCAUGGCCCCCAGCAUCCUGCAGCCCACCAUGCCCUCAGAGAAGGCUCAGCACUUUCCAGGGCAGAGCAAGGGAACACAGCUGCAGCUGGGGGCAGCUGGCACUGACUUAAGUCCCAACUCUCCAACACAGUGUCUGCAGAGCAGCCUGUCAGUGUGAAUAUACUCCAUAUGGAAAAGGCAGAAUCUGUAAUACAGAAGUGAUAAAAUAGUUCAGAAAAACAAGAAUCAGUUGAAUGGAAUCAGGGGCCUUUACAACACCAGCAGCACCAAAGGUGUCUCAGAAUUGUGAUAAUUCAGUUUUUCUGCUGCUACAUGAUAUACACCUGUGUUCACAAAGCUACCUGAGGGUUUGCAUUCACAGGACUCCAAACACCACAUGCUUUUGCACAAAAUUGCAGAAUUCAUUACUGCCCGCACAGCAGAUACUCUCGUGUUUUACAGGCAGAGCUGCUCUGAGCAUCAGACCAAAGCAGUUGUGACUCCAAAAGGAGAGUGAAUCUUCUUACAUGACACCUGCCCUGUCCUGCCUGUUCUGUCACUCUACCAUCAGGUGUGUGACACAGUCAUUGCAGUUGUUUGAACACUGCUGGUUGUUGUUUUUAUUUCUUAUGUAAAUAAAUGUUACAUAAACCUACUCAGCAUUUCUUACAACUGCUAAAAUUGUGACCUGAAAAACUCCCUACACUCAUCUCACACAGCCUGCACUCCAUAGGUAAGGCAGUAAAAUCACAAAAGCUAAACAUCAUCAAAAACCACACUAUAAGAUAG